GCCAAGUAACAUAGGUGUCAGUUAUGUGUUGUGGUAAUUGAGUUGUCUAAUGCGAGACAUGUAUAUUUAAUAGAAAAUUUGAAUUUCGGUGAAGUUAUGAGUAGAUGAGUGUGUUUUGUUGGUUCUCUGUGAUGGCAUAAAACGAAAUCUGGCACGAUGAAGAAUAUUUCUCCUAAUAUCAAGUAUGAAAAGGUCCCUCAACACCACUUUGGAGACCUGGGCCGCAAAUCUCAUCGCAGUUCGAUUUCGGACAAUAAUGCGGGUUCCAUCAUGUGGAUGACAGCCAGCGAAGCUAGCAGUUUAACAGCUGAAGAAGUAGGAGAACGACUGAAUGUCGACAUAAACAAGGGUCUGAGCUGGCAGGAAGCGAACAGGAGAAGACAAUUUUCAGGAUAUAACGAAUUUACAGUAAAGGAUGAAGAUCCACCAUGGAAGAAAUAUCUAGAACAAUUCCAAAACCCAUUGAUAUUAUUAUUAUUAGCAUCAGCUUUAGUUUCAGUUUUUAUGAAACAAUUUGACGACGCAAUCAGCAUCACAGUAGCUAUAGUUAUUGUAGUCACAGUAGCGUUCGUGCAGGAAUAUAGAUCGGAGAAGUCUCUGCAAGAGCUUACCAAACUUGUUCCUCCUUCAUGCCAUUGCUUGAGAGAGGGCACACCGGACACUUUCUUAGCCAGAGAAUUGGUACCUGGGGAUGUGGUGAUUCUGAAUGUCGGAGACAGGGUACCAGCUGACGUGAGACUUAGUGAAUCCACCGAUUUGACCAUAGAUGAAAGUAGUUUUACAGGGGAGACUGAACCAGGUCGAAAGAGCAUUGGUCCUGUAUUAAGACCCAAUGGUGCACACUCGUCAAAUACUAAUAUUGCUUUUAUGGGGACACUUGUACGGUGUGGUCAUGGCAAGGGAAUCGUUGUUAGCACAGGUUCGAAUAGCGAGUUUGGGUCUGUAUUCAAGAUGAUGCUCGAGGAAGAAGCACCUAAAACGCCCCUUCAGAAGUCUAUGGACAACUUGGGAACCCAGCUCUCGAUGUAUUCCUUCGCUAUUAUUGGACUCAUUAUGUUUAUUGGCUGGAUGCAAGGCAAACAACUUAUGGAAAUGUUCACUAUUGGAGUCAGUUUAGCUGUGGCGGCUAUUCCAGAGGGUUUACCAAUUGUGGUGACGGUAACUUUGGCCUUGGGGGUGAUGAGGAUGGCCAAGAGAAACGCCAUCGUGAAAAAACUCCCCACAGUCGAAACUUUGGGUUGCGUGAACGUUAUUUGUUCCGAUAAAACCGGAACAAUAACUAGGAACGAAAUGACAGUUACCGUUUUGGUAACAUCCGAUGGCUAUAUAGCUGAACUUACCGGAGCUGGUUACAAUGAUCAUGGUCAAGUUUUAUUGCACAAAUGUGACUACCCUGACAGAGCAAGGGAAAGUGUACAUCAGCUCUUAGAGGUGGGUGCGGUUUGUAAUAACGCGAUAAUCCAGAACGAAUCUCUAUUAGGUUCACCAACAGAGGGAGCUCUGUUGUCCGCGGCAAUGAAACAUGGAAUGUACAAUGUUGGCGAAACCUACGUCAGACUCCAAGAGUUCCCCUUCAGCUCAGAACAAAAAAUAAUGGCAGUACGUUGCAUUUCAAAAUAUGAUAGUGAUAAGAAAGAAGUUUGUUUUGCGAAAGGUGCAAUAGAAAAAAUUUUAGCUAAAUGUAAUCGUUAUAGUAUUAAUGGACGAUAUGAAACAUUGACGACGAAAAAAGAACAAGAAUUCAUGGGAGAGGCUGUGGAGAUAGGAAAGAAGGGGUUGAGAGUAUUGGCUAUGGCUAAGGGUGAUGGUUAUCAGGACAUGGUUUACCUGGGCUUGGUGGGGAUCUGUGAUCCUCCAAGGCCUUUGGUCAGGGAGGCAAUUACCAUUCUGAAUCAGUCCGAGGUUCAAGUCAAGAUGGUAACUGGAGACGCGGUGGAUACUGCGGUAGCUGUGGCUCAAUCCAUUGGAUUGGACACACUGCCCUCACAAGUAUUAUCAGGCGAACAGUUAGAUUUGCUAUCGGAGAAUGAAAUGGAUGCAAUUGUUCCUAGGGCGACAGUAUUCUACAGAGUGUCACCGAAAAAUAAGUUAUCCAUUGUGAAAAGUUUACAAAGAACUGGUCACAUAGUUGGGAUGACGGGAGAUGGGGUUAACGAUGGUGUUGCUCUCAAAAAGGCAGACAUCGGGAUAGCCAUGGGAAAAAAUGGCACCGACGUUUGCAAAGAAGCUGCAGAUAUGAUUCUUGUUGAUGACGACUUUUACACUAUUAUUGCAGCUAUAGAAGAGGGCAAGAGUAUAUUCUAUAAUAUAAGGAAUUUCGUCAGAUUCCAGUUGUCUACAUCAAUAGCAGCUCUAUCAUUGAUUGCCCUGGCUACUAUGAUGGGUAUUCCUAAUCCACUCAAUGCUAUGCAAAUAUUGUGGAUAAAUAUCAUCAUGGAUGGUCCACCUGCACAAAGUUUAGGAGUUGAACCAGUGGAGAAAGAUGUCGUUAAGCAAAAAGCAAGGGAUACCAAGGAGCCAAUGAUAACUAAAAAACUCAUAAUCAAUGUAUUGUUAUCGGCUUUUUUCAUCAUUGCUGGAACAUUAUGGGUAUUCAAAAGAGAGAUGAGCUCUCAGGGAAUAACAGCAAGGGAUACCACCAUGACGUUUACCUGCUUCGUCUUUUUUGAUAUGUGGAACGCUCUGUCUUGUAGAUCCCAAACGAAAAGCGUCUUUCAGAUUGGACUGUUCUCGAAUAAAAUGUUCCUUGUCGCUGUCACAUUGUCUGUGAUAGGACAGCUUUUGGUGGUCUAUUUUCCACCAUUGCAAAAAAUUUUCCAGACCGAGGCACUGACACUUUUAGACAUGGUUUUCCUUACAUGUUUAACAUCAUCGGUGUGGAUAUUCUCAGAGAUUAAAAAACUGGUGGAGAGGUUCAUCGAGCAGAGAAGACUUUGCAAGAGAUCUCCAUUAGAGUAUGUAUGACAUAAGGGGGGGCCUGGGGCGAAAAAUCGCUGCAAGUAGCUGCUUUCUUCCCUUUGCCCCUUUUAUAUUGGCCCCCUUAAAAUGUGCAAAUAUAUUGACGUAUUCGAAAAUUUGUUCCAAAUUAUUUGAAUGCCAACCAAAUUAAUUAAUAUUAAUUAAUUGGAAUGAAAUGAACUUUUUAUUGGCAUAAAAUGAAAAGUUAUAAUUAAGAAAUUUGGAGUAGAAUUUUAGUCGAAUUUCAAUAUUGAAUUUGUACUUAUAUCAAGAAUUAAUGGCAUUCGGAAAAAUCCUUCAUUUCGACAAAUUUAUCAUUAAUUUUAUUGAUUGAGUUGCGAUUAUUUUUAUUUUUUUGCACAUUUUAAAGGUUUUUAUUUCACCACUCCAAUGCAGCUAAUGUGAAUAGUAAGUUAUUAUCUAUUUAUUGUUAUAUAAUAUAUCGUGUUUGAUUAAUAGGUAUAACAAAUCGAGAUUAUAAAUCUGUUUUACUCA